AUGUCUGUGCUGGACGAGAUCGGUGCCAUUCUCGGCAGGCAGUUGAAUCUGCCUCACUUGCCAGCACACUUCCAAACUAUAGCCUACUCAUUUGGAGCAUUCUCAAUUACUUAUAUUGUAUCUGCACUUGCGAGCCCGGUUAUUGCACCCAGAACAUAUCCCAAACUACCUCGAAGGACUAAGCAUAGCUGGAACGUCCAUGCAGUAAGCAUGGCGCACGCCAUGGUCAUCGGCCCCAUGGCAGCACAUCGGCUAUGGACUUUACCUGAAGCAGAAAGCUUUGAGAAAGCGUUCGGGUGGAACGAAAGUAUGGGCCUUUUGCACGGCAUAGCUGUAGGAUAG